CCUGCUGUCUGUCUAUGUUUUGCGCAUUCAUAUACCUUGUUUUAUUUGCACUUAUUAAUAGCUUUGUUUAUUGGUCUAUCUAUUGUUUACGUGGAUAUAACCAUAGUGAUGCGUUCUACUCUAUCUCGAUCUCUAUCUCUAUCGGAAGCAGCAAGGGCACGGCAGGGCUGGACUUCCCUUCGCCGAUUCUCCCUCACUAGCAAAAGACAUGAGCAGGUGAAAGGGGAGGCCACACAAAAGAAUGAACACAAGCAGAAUCCUGCCACUUCAGGAAGUGGAUACAAUAGCGCCAUCAUCCAUACCAGACUGGACACCCGCCCUCCAACAAUAGUAGGGAGCAAAGGGAACUAUUUAAUUACCGAUGGUGGGCAAGAAAUCCUCGACGCCAGUGGUGGUGCUGCGGUGGCCUGUCUCGGGCACAACAAUGCUCGCGUCAACGAUGCCAUAAUGCGUCAACUGCAGAGCUUCAGCUAUAUUUACGCGCCAUUCUUCACGAGCGAAGCAUCGGAAAAACUAGCCAAGAUGUUAUCCGACUCGACGCAGAAGCAGAUGUCAAAAGCGUUUAUUGUUAGUUCCGGGACGGAAGCAAUCGAAGCCGCCCUGAAAAUGGCACGCCAGUACUUCUUAGAAUUGCCAAACCCAGAGCCCUCGAGAACGCGAUUCGUUGCCCGGCGCCAGAGCUACCAUGGAAACACACUCGGUUCCCUUUCCUUGGGAGGCCAUGUUGCGCGCAGAGCGCCGUAUGCACCGAUCCUUACUAACAAUAUUUCCCAUGUCUCACCGUGCUACCCAUACAGAGAUAAGGCCACGGGGGAAAGUGAUGAGGCAUACGUCGCGCGGCUGGCGCAGGAGCUGGAGAAUGAGUUCCAAGCUGUUGGUCCGAGUAAUGUGUGCGCAUUUGUCGCGGAGACCGUCUCGGGCGCGACGCUCGGGUCUGUUCCACCAGUGCCGGGAUAUUUUCAGGCCAUGAAAAAGGUCUGCGACCGCCACGGAGCGUUGCUCAUCUUAGAUGAAGUGAUGAGUGGGAUGGGUCGUUGCGGCACGCUCCAUGCAUGGGAACAAGAAGGGGUUGUACCUGACUUACAGACUGUUGCUAAAGGCCUGGGUGGUGGCUACGCCCCUAUUGGAGCUUUGUUGGUCAACAAGAGGGUUUCCCAAGUUUUAGAGAAGGGAACUGGCAGUUUCGUGCACAGUCAAACGUACCAGGGCCAUCCAGUCGCAUGUGCAGCGGGGUAUGAAGUUCAGCAUAUUAUUAAAGAGGAUAAUCUCUUAGAGAAUGUCCGCAGCCUUGGUGAGUACCUCGGCAACAGUCUGAAAGAACGGCUUGGGGAUCAUAAGCAUGUCGGUGACAUUCGAGGUCGUGGAUUUUUCUGGGCAAUUGAAUUUGUGAAGGACAAGGAAUCCAAGGAGCCCUUCCCGGCGGAGCGAAAGAUUGCAGCACUUAUUCACAAGACCGGAAUAUCAGAAUACUCCAUUUCAUUGAUCUAUGGCAGCGGGGUGGCUGAUGGAAAGAACGGAGACAUAAUUCAAAUUGCACCCCCAUAUAAUGCUAGUCGGGAGGAUAUCGAUCUCAUUAUGGAGAGGACAGCGCUCGUCAUAAAGCGCGUAUUGGGCUGAGUGUGGCAGUCCAAAGGAGCAAAAUACUAGUUGGGGAUAGCAAAUAGGGGGCUAUUUACAUCUAUUGAAGGAAUCUAC